AAUUUGUCUACAGAAAAAUAGACAUCACCAUUGAUACUGUAAGCACAGCCAUUAUCGAGAAUCUGCUGAAUCAUAUCGAUUAUAUGAGGCAUGUGAUCAGACACGCGAGGUUCCACCGAAGGAGGAAGACAAUGAAGAUAACUCAUGUCUUGGUGAAACUCUUCGCAGAAGCGUCGGCUUAAUUUGAUUGGAUCCUCGUUCAGCUCAUUUGCUCUAGCAAUAAUCUUGUCAUCAACAUCAGUAAAGUUGCGAACAUAAUUGACUUCAUAUCCCAAAUAAUUUAGGUAUCUAUAUAAAACAUCAAAGCAAACAUAAACACGAGCAUGACCGAUAUGGCUAAGAUCAUAAGCCGUUACACCACAAACAUACAUUCCAACUUUUCCAGGUACUUUAGGUAUAAAUAAUUCCUUUUGUUUGCUCAUCGUAUUGUGCAACCAUAGUUGCUGCUGCUUCCUCAAUUCAGUCUCAGUUCCUCCCACUUUAAUUUCCACAGUUGACUUAGCAUUACCAAUUGUACUCAAACACCUAAGGGUAGGUCGGGUUCUCGCGUAGUAUCUGAAACUCUUGAAGGCGGCAGCUGCGGCGGCGGCAAUGGGCAUUUUACGGCUUUCGAAGGGAAGCACCGGUUUGUAGCAUUUUAAAAGCGUCGCCAUUCAGAGAAAAGCUUUCUUCUGCUUCUCUAUCCAAUAUCUGACUCGCUCUAUUUGUAUAUGUUGAUGAAGAUUUACUGGAAAUGGAGUCGAUUUAUGAUUUUUUUUUUUUUUUUUUUGGAUUUUGAGUGGAUAAAUCGAUCUUUCUAUGUGGGUUUUGAUGGUUUCGCCGGCUGGAGUUCAGUGUGACAGUGAGGGGGUGAGGGGAGAGAGAACAAGCUAACAGAAACCCCACUGUUACACUGGAUGAGGGUGCGAGAGGAUAGAGAGAGAGACGCGGCUGCUGCGCCCAGUCACUUUUUUCUUUUAGUCCGUCACAAAAAUAAAAUAUUUAUUUAAUUAUAAGCUUUUAAAAUAUAAGUACUCCUUUUAUCCGUAUUAUAGUCGCACAACAAAAGUUAGACCACAAAUUUAGAAAAAGAAUUCUUUUAAAAGGAUGCCCUACAAAAAAUGAGAAUAAAAGAAAAAUAGUGUGCUUAAUAAAAAAGGAAAAAAAAAGAGUUGUGUUGAACACCGCCUCACUCAAUUUCAUCCAACGGCCAAGAAUGAGCAAGCUGUAAUCGCAAGGGUGAGAAGUUUUUGAGAUACUAAUUGGAUUUAGCCUACAUUUAUCUAAAACCCUUGGUAGGGGAUAGCGAAACAAGAAGUGUUCAUCUGUGCAUCAUAUUAGCAAAGGUGUAAAGAUGGCUUUUCUCAAUAAAAUUGGGAAUAUUCUUAAACACAGUGUAGGCAAAAACACAAAUUUGGAACUCUCUGCCUCAAAUGCUUCACUUUUCCAGGCUAUAAGAAGCAUGUCUUCAUCUAAGAUUUUUGUUGGGGGUCUCUCGUAUGGCACUGAUGAAAGCUCUCUGAGAGAAGCAUUCUCUCAGUAUGGUGAAGUAAUAGAAGCUAGAGUUAUUCUGGAUCGUGAUACUGGGAGGUCGAGAGGGUUUGGUUUUAUUAGUUUUCCAUCAAGUGAAGAAGCAACAAGUGCCAUGCAGGCCAUGGAUGGCCAGGAUCUUCAUGGAAGACGGAUAAGGGUGAAUUAUGCCACAGAGAAGCGCCGUGAUGGUUUUGGAGGUGGCUAUGGUGGCGGUGGUGGCUAUAACUACGGUGGAGAAGGUGGGAAUUUUUCAGGUGGUGGAGGUUAUGGAGCCGGCAAUUAUGGAGGUGGAGGUGGUGGAUUUUCUGGUGGUGGUUACAGUUCUGUUGGAGGAGGUGGUUACGGUAGCAGUAGUGGCUAUAAUUAUGAUGGGGAAGGUGGAAAUUACGCAGGUGCUGGAGGUUACCCAACCAACAAUUACGGUGGUGGAGGAGGUGGAUUUUCUGGUGGCAACAGUCCUCCUGAUGGAUACGGUAGCUAUGGAGGUGGUAACAACUAUGGGAACAACAGUAGCUCCCCUAUUGAGGGCGGUAACUAUGGAAGCGCUCCAAACAACAAUUAUUCUGGUCAAGGCAGUAGUUUUUCGGGUGGUUAUGGCAGUGGCAACAGUGGGAAUGACUCUGUUGGCAACAAUAGUGGCUUCGUUAACACAGGAUUUGGUGGGAGCUCUGAAGUAUCGUAUAAUGGAGGACAAGAACAGCUUAGUGCAGAUCAAGGGACACAAUCUAUAAAUGAAGAUAUUGGACUGGAGACAUCAGAAGGCAAUUACAGAGACGACGAUGAUGAACCAAAGGAUUACGCCAACACUAGGGGCUGAAAAAAAAGUUUGGUUACAAGAAAAUGUCUACUCGUCUAGGACAUUUCAAAAUUCUGUAAUAUUGAUAUGUUCUCUUUCCGUAUCAAUAAUAGUACUCAGCAAGGGUGGUUCAAGCAUAAAGCUAGUAAAGUGUUUGCUUUACGCCCCAAAAAUUUUGAGGCCUCAAAAAGAUUUGAGUAAAUUUUAUGGAUUCUACUUCACUUGAAAUAAUAAUGAAGAUUGUGAAUUACAUUUAAAAA